CCAGAGUGCAGGGGAGCCAAGGGAAAUGAGGGAGACUAAUUUAACAAAAGGACAGUAACUUUUCCAGGAAGGGCGAGAGGAAGAAAUCAAAAGUGAAACUAAUAGUGCCAAAAGGGGUGGACCUUCAAGCUGCUGAUUGAGAGGAGAAGCCAUUAUCAGUCCGUCAUAGCGCAUAUCACGGCACGGCGGCUCUUUCAGACUGCAACUGAAGUCUUGGUUCAGAUCCAAAUCCUGAUGUGAAAUGAGCACAGACUUCCGCAAACUGCUUUUUGAAGUUUCUGAGGCUUUGGUGACAGAGGAACUGUCAGCUCUUAAAUUCCUUAGCCUGGACCAUGUCCCCAGGAGGAAGCUGGAAGCCAUCCAUGAGCCCAAGGCCUUCUUUGAAGUGCUGCAGGAGAGAGACAUGAUCGGGGCAGGGAACCUGUUCUUCCUGAAGGAGCUGCUCUACCGGAUCCAUCGGAUCGACCUCCUGACUGCCCACCUGGGCUCCAGCCGGGAGGAGAUGGACAGGGAGCUGCAGCUCCCGGGCAGGGCACAGGUGUCAGCUUACAGGCAACUGCUGUAUGGAAUUGCAGAGGACUUGACUUCAGAAGAUGUCAGAAGUGUGAAGUUCCUGCUCCAAAAACAACUACCAAAGAACAAGCUCCAGGAAAAUGCUUCAAUGUUGCAGGUCUUUCUGGAAAUGGAAAGAAAUGGGAUAAUUAAAGAAGAUAACUUGACGACGCUGAAAGAUAUGUUACAGAGAUUUAGAGCUGACAUAAAGAAAAAAAUUGAUGCCUAUGAAGAGAAAAAAAGAGAAAAUUAUUCCAGGGAAGAAGUCCGCUAUCCUGUGUCUGUGUCUGUGUAUCCAGAGGAAAAAGGAGCAGAGGGGGGGGCAGCAAAACUGCAUAGGAAAAUAUAUAAGAUGAAAAAUAACCCCCAUGGUUACUGCUUAAUUCUUAACAACCACAUUUUUAAAAAUCCAUGUUACAAUAGAGAGGGAACAUUGCAAGAUGGAGAGGCUGUGAAGAGGGUCUUUAAGUGGCUCCAGUUUGAGACAGUUGAGUACAUGGAUCUAGAAGGAAAAAAACUACGUGACACAGUUAAAGAAUACAGCAAGAAAGAUCAUAGAAAUAUGGACUGUUUUGUUUGCUUCAUUUUCUCCCAUGGUGAAAAAGACAAAAUAAAAGGUGUUGAUGAUGAGUGUGUAAAUAUUGACGAUUUAGUCUCCUACUUCACUGGAACUAAUUGUCCUUCUCUUGCUGGCAAACCCAAGGUGUUUAUUAUCCAGGCUUGCCAAGGCUCUGGACAUCAUCCAUCUGUUGCAGUAGAAGCAGACUCUUCUGGACCUCUUGAGGUGGAUGCUAGUCCUUUGACUUCCAUUCCUGAUAAGGCUGAUAUUCUGAUUGGCAUGGCUACAGUGGAGGACUACGAGUGCUACCGCAGUCCUAAGACUGGCAGUGUUUACAUUCAAUCCCUCUGUGAGAAGAUGGAGUUGCUUUGCCCACUGCGCAUGGAUCUCACAGCCAUCCUGACAGAAGUGAACAAUGAAGUGGCAAGAAGAGACUUAGAAGGAUUUAAGCAAAUGCCAAAGAUAACAUCAACACUACUGAAGCACUUGAUCUUUGAAGUUCCACAAUGAAAAGCAGACAAGGAUGCUGGUUUCAAAUCAGUGCUUAGCAAGAACAUUGGUUCUUUAUUGGACGACAUGGCCCAGGACAGGCCGUUCCCCCAGGAACUGUGGGGUGUUUCGCUCCGGAAGUUUAAAUCCAGAGGGAAGCACCGCCCCGCGUCGGGUCGGGCUCCGCCCUCCGUCUUGCGCGGUUGCGAGGCGGCCAUGGAGCUGCCCCGGGGGCUGCUGCUGGCCGUCAGCGACGAGCUGGACGGGGCCGAGCUGGCGGCGCUGAAGUUCCUCUGCCGGGAUCACGUUCCUUGGAGGAGGCUGGAAGCCGUCCGGACCCCUCACGACUUGUUCGAAGCGCUGCAGGAGAAGGCCAUGCUGGAGCCGGGGAACCUGGCCUUUCUCAGGGAGCUGCUCUACCUCAUCGGGCGGAUCGACCUGCUGGUUGCCCACCUGGGCUCCAGCCGGGAGCAGGUGGAGAAGGAGCUGCGGGCGCCGGGCGGGGCGCGGGUGCCGCCCUUCAGAUACUUGCUCUUUCAGCUGUAUGAACAUGUCACCGAACGUGAGCUGAUGGAUUUCAAGUUACUUUUGGGCAAUGAAUUGCCAGAAAGCAAGCGAACCCGUGAGACUACAAUGCUUGACAUUCUCACUGUGAUGGAGAAGAGGGGCCUUCUGGGGAAAGACAACCUAAGUAUGCUGAAGAGUCUCUGUGAAAAAAUUAACACCAGCGUGUGGAACACAAUUGAAGAUGGAUUAAAGCUGUUCGGCCAAGAAGAGAUGCUCAUCACAGAGGAACAGAGGGGCAGCACAGGAUGCCCUGAGGGACAUCUGGUGUCAUCUGUAGCACCUGGUCCUCCUGGCAGUUUUAAUGACUCUUCCCAGCUGCUUGAAGCUUACAAAAUGACCAGCCGACCCCGUGGAGUGUGCCUGAUCCUGAAUAAUUACGAUUUUUCAAAAGCUAGGAAACUAGUGCCAGAACACAAACGCAUAACGGAUCGGCAUGGGACAGACGUGGAUGCAGCGGCUCUGAGGAAUGUCUUUAGCAAGCUUCAUUUUAGAGUAGAAGAACGUAAAGAUCUCACUGCAGAAGAAAUCCGUAAGACUGUGAACAUCUUCCGGAGUGAAGACCAUGAGGACAAGGACUGUUUUGUUUGCUGUAUCCUGUCUCAUGGGAAAAAAGGCAUUGUAUAUGGUGUUGAUGGGCAGGAAGUACCUAUCAGGGAACUGACCACUUCUUUCACUGCACAGAAUUGCAAUUCACUUGCUGGAAAACCAAAAGUUUUUUUUAUUCAGGCCUGCCAAGGUGAUGCUUUCCAUCAAGGUGUGACCAUCGAAACAGAUUCUGGAGAGCAAGAUUCUUCUGUGGAGCAAGAUGCAAGGUUUCAGUUUGACUGCAUCCCUGCAGAGGCAGACUUCCUCCUGGGCAUGGCCACCCUGCAGGAUUACGUCUCCUUCAGAAAUCGCAGCAAGGGUACCUGGUACAUACAGGCACUGUGCCAGCGCUUGGAGUACAGCUGUCCUCGAGGGGAAGAUGUUCUCACCAUCCUGACAGCAGUAAAUCAAGAAGUGAGCAGAAAAACUUGUCUCUGGGGCAUAAAGCAGAUGCCACAGCCCAGUUUCACACUGAGGAAGAGGCUCAUCUUUCCGGUCAACUGAAUGGGAGGCAACUGCAUGCCAGAGAGAGCUGCUGCAGCCUGGAAUUGGCUGGUUUCAGAAUUCCAUCAAACACAACAGACUUGCAGUGCCUGCUCUUAGCACAAGGGCAGAUAUUUUUAAUUUAAAGUACAACUAAGGAGAAAAAGCCUUAAGAAAUUUGUAUUAUUACAUUCAUUUGUAUUAACACUUUAUACUAAAGAGCAUCUCUGAGCUGGUCUCUGAUUUAUUUAGCUGAUCUCUCUCAGUGGUUUGCUGGCAAAAAUCUACUUGGUGUCUUCUUAUCAUUUGUACCACAUUGCAAUUGCUUUCAUUAGGUAUUUACAAGGCAACUUUUAGAAGACAACCAUUAUAAAGCUUUGUGUACUUUAUGCCUAACCUUUGCAAAAUAAAGGGAGGAGUGCUAUAAAUUUUAUAGGAUAUAAUCAGCUCA